AUGGCAGUUUUGACAUGCAAUGUGGUCAUGUUUAUUAUGACAAGUGCCGCUCUCAUUGUAGCUGUAAGCAGCGGUGGCACACCAACACAGAAAACGAGAAAUGAAAACGUUGAUGUUCGCUACGUUUCCGGUCCACAUGGUCCUCCUGGAAGAGACGGACUUAAUGGAAGAGACGGGAUUCAAGGAAUUCCUGGAAUUCCAGGCUUACCCGGAAGAGUAGGAGUUAAAGGAUCACGAGGCACCACUGGAACAGGCAGUCCAGGAGCUCCUGGCAUUGCAGGAAAUUCUGGCGUUCCCGGAAAAAUGGGUCCUGAAGGACAAAAAGGAGCUGAUGGAGGAAAGGGAGGAAAGGGGGAAGCAGGAAGACCUGCCAGUCGAAGGCCUGAAUUUACUGGUACCACGUAUAUUCAAUGGGGAAGAAAACGUUGCUCUGCUCGUGGUGUUCAGACUCUUUACUCGGGCAUCGCUGCUGGAUCACAUUAUAAUCAUCACGGAGGUGGAGCUAACACUCAGUGUCUUCCACUUGAUCCUGUAUGGGGAUAUUACAAAAACGGUCACCAAGCAGCAAGUUAUAUUUAUGGAUCAGAAUAUGAACUUAGUCAUGGCAUUCAACCAUUCAUCAAUAAAGGAUUGAAUGAUUACGAGGUUCCUUGUGCUGUGUGUUACGAUGCCGAUAAGAACACUCAAUUCAUGUUACCAGCAAAGAACAUCUGUCCCACUGGAUGGAGUAGAGCAUAUUAUGGAUAUCUCAUGGCAGAACACAAUGGUCAUAAGGGAAGAAACAUGUACGCGUGUUUCGACCACAACGCAGAGCCUACAGGCAGUACAAGCAACGAUAACGGCAAUUUGUUCUAUCCCGUAGAAGCCGUGUGUGGAUCUCUUCCUUGUCCUCCAUACGUGAACGGUCGAGAACUGACAUGCGCAGUCUGUACGAAAUGA